AUGAACACCAAGACUAAGAAGCAGCUCUUCAUGUUACAGCGGGCGGAGCGACUGAAGGACCCCAAGGUGCGCAAGAUGGGUAUCGAUCGCGAGGCCUUGGAUGCACAGGUGCGUGAGAAGGAAGCACUGCGCCAGCUGGAAAAAGAGAGGAACGACUACUAUGACCGCCAGGCGCUCCUGAUGGACCGCCAUGCAUGUGCACUGCAGCAGGAGGUGAAUGCCAUUCGAGCAGCUCGAGAAAAGGAGCUGCAGGACUACCGCCAGACCUUUCAGAAGAAAGAGAUGGGCCGCGAGUGGGACCUUAACGACCCAGAGACGCGGCGCAAGGAGUUGCCGGCACGCGUUGGCGAUAACGACCCGCGCAACGGACCGUCAUCUAUGCAGAAGUUUGAAGGUGAGGAUCUGGACUACGCGGCACGCAGAGCGGCACAGCAGCUCCAGCAGCGGCAGUGGGCGCAGCAGCAGGUGAAUGAGAAGCUCGCGAAAAAGUGGAUGGAGCAGGAGCGCGACCGAGCUUUCGACGACCGAAACGAGGAGGUGAACUACCGCCUGUACGAGGUUGAGAAAAAGGUGGCAGAGCAGCGCAGGCUCAUGGAGAAGAAUGGCGCUGACUUCAAUCGUGCGCUCGCCGAGCAGCACCGACGCGAGGCUUUGCGUGCCAGGGAGGAGGACACACGCCUUGGACUGGAAGAAAUCGCGUACCAGAUGGACAGUGACUUCCUCAACGAGCGCGAAACCGUAGUUGGCGAGCGUGGCGCCACCGUCAAGGCGGAGCGCUACAAAGGUAUGACAGCGAAGCAGAAGGCCCUCCUUCGAUCCGGCCAAGACGAGCAGCUCCGUGAGCUCCGCCGCCGUCGUCUGCUAGAGGUGGAGGAGAAAAAGCAGUGGUCACAGCAGGAACACAUGCAGCUGCGAAUGGCAAACGCCCUCGACCGCCAGCGUGAGCGCGAACGCCGGGCCGAGCGCGAGAAGCUGGCGGAGACCCACAAGAUGCAGUCCCAGGCAGCAGCACAGCGCAAGGCUGAGUUAGACGAACUCUACAAGAACGCUGUAGACGAGGACUACUUCAAGUACUGGGAUCGGUGCUUGUAG